GGUCUGACUCUGGCUCCAUUUUCCAUCCUUCAGAUCUCACUCUCAUUUUGUUUUCUCCAAUCUUGUUUGGUUCAAUUUCUCUGGUUAGCUCGCGCAGGAGCUCCUUCCCGAGCUGAUCUCUUUGGCUGAUCUGAGUCGCAGCCAUGGACGACGAGUUCGAGUUCGCUGACAAGGUACCUCCCGCCUUCGAUCGCAUGGAAAAUGUGAUCAAGGAUGCCCAAGCCAAAGGGUUUAACCCAGGAUUGAUAGUGCUGCUUGUUGUUGUUGGGAUAUUGUUGAUUUUCCUUGUUGGAAAUUAUGUACUUUACCUGUAUGCACAAAAAACCAUUCCUCCAAGGAAAAAGAAGCCUGUCUCCAAGAAGAAGAUGAAGAGGGAGAGACUGAAGCAAGGUGUCUCUGCACCUGGAGAGUAGAAACUUAAGAUGUGCUUUCUCUUGUUCUUCUCAAUGUUGAACUCUUGUGAUGAGAAAUUUUCCUACCUCUGGUGUUGAGAGAGAGUAUUAUACUUUCCUUAAUUUCCCUUGGUACUGGUUCGAAAUUUAACUUUAUAAUUAGAAGUGUACUUUAUGUUUGGGUAGACCAAAAAUUAAGACUGCUUUUAUUUGUUUUCCA